GUACACUGCCACAUUACCACAAUGCAAAGUCACAUUACCACAGUGCAAAGUCCUAUUCCAGGAAAAAAAACAUGAAAGGCCAGGCCCUAAGAUUCCUGUUGAGUUUGGACUCCGGUAGCUAUCUUGAUCAAGGGGUCAGCCGGGAACCCCAAAUAAACCUUCAUAUAUUAAUUCUCCCCCAAUUUCGAAUUCCUCAAGCCCAAAAAAAAAUUCCAGAAUCUCUCGAUAAGCUUCUUAUUUUUUUUCAUUCAUUCACAGAUCGGGAUUGCGAUUUGCAGAUGGGGAUCAUAAGGAGCUCUUUCAGUUUCCUGUUCGGGACGGCGGUGGGGGUUUACAUCGCCCAGAACUACAACGUCCCCGACCUUAACAAGUUCUACCGGACCGGCGUCGUCAUCGCCAAGCAGUGGGAGGAGAAUUACCGGAAGCCGAAGAAACCCGAAGGAGAUGAGUAGUUAGUUUAUGCCUUUUCCGAUUUUUGCUUGCGAUUUUCGGGUUUUCCUGAGCCGAUUGGCGUUGAGGAAUUUGUUGGAUCUUCUUUUAGUGUUACUAGACAUGAAUCAUGAAUGAUAUUAUUGAUGCAGAUUGAAGGUUACUGA